GAGAGGAUUCGCAGCAGCGCCUGUAUCAAUUGUGGAUGUUUUUCUUAUUUGACAUAACAAGUCAAGAACAGUGAUUUCGCUGAAGGAAAAAUUACCCGUUGAAAUGUGAAACGCAUGCACAGGACUAACAUAAAGCCAGGAGAAGGUGUUUGACGGCUACUUAAAUUUUUAUUCUGCGCAUGAUGACGCGCUAAAGUACGUCUGUCUCCGCUUCACACUGCUAGCUAGCAGGAAGUAUGUUGAAUCGGUUGAAAAAAAGACCGAUGAGCCGAAGUCGGUUGUUGAUUCGAAUAAAAAAAACAUGCCUAGUCUAUGAAUUUGCAAAUUCUGCAUUUCGAGAUUAAGCAUCAUUCAUACGGUUGCCACGAACGUCAAGCAAGGGUAAACAUCCAGAGGCUGGUCCACGACCACUCCUGCCCGCCCUGCCUGGGUGGUCUUGAACCGCUGUUGGUGAAGACUGAUCUUGCAGAACUGGCAUUAAUAGCAUUCCUACACAGUUUUUCUCUGGUGGCUUGACUGUGUCCAAAUCGUCAUCUGCCCAUCCCUGAAUAAGUGGCCUUGAAAGGGUUAAGGAGAAGACAAUAUCUACAGGUCUGGGAAGGGAAUGGCUGCCAUCACAGACAGCUGAGAGCUAAGCCUCAUCUUUACUCUGCUCACCUUUGCUGUGUUCAUUAUCUUAAGGACCUGAUUUCUCUUCAUAUAUUUGAAUCACCUUACUAUGGCAAUGCAUGACAUGAGCCGUGCCAAGGGUUUCCCCUGCAAAGAGUGUGACAUGGUUUGCCCCAGUACCCCCAGUCUUCUAGAGCACAUGAAGGCACAUUACCAGCAAGAAGAGAACGGAAGGUUUGAGUGUGAGCAAUGUGGCAGAAUCUACAAACACGCCGGUAGCUUGGCCAAUCAUAAGAAAUCUCACGAAGUGGGCUCAUUCCAGUGUCCAGUGUGUACCAGGACUCUGCCCAACGCUGUUGCCCUCAAAAAUCACCUGCGUAUCCACACGUUGUCCCCUAGCGCUCAGGCUGAGGAGGAGAACGAGGAGGUGGUUGAAGAUGGGGGGCACGAUGAGAGGGACUAUGGUCUCGCCCAGGACUUGUCCGAUGGGUUCGGCCGCAGCCAUUUGAAUAACAGUGGCAUGGGCCAUGGUGUCAUGCAAAGCCACGAUCCCGACGAUCACAAUAAACAGAAGUCUCCCGGAUCGGACGACGCCUGGGAUCGUCCCUUCAAAUGUGACCAGUGCGACCGAACAUAUCGUCACCACGGCAGCCUGGUGAACCACAAGAAGUGUCACCAGCAAGGGACGUUCAAGUGCUCCGUCUGUUUCAAGCAGUUCAACAACCUGGCGGCUUUAAAUGGCCACGAGCGCACCCACUCCAAAUUCAAGCCUCCAGGAGCUUCGAUGGUCAACACGUUGCAUGAUUCUGAUCAACGUCCACCGGCUCCUCAGAACGACGACGCGUCUUCCUGCUUUUGCCAUUUGUGCCAGGUCACUUUGCCCAACAAGAGUGACUUCCAGGAGCAUAUCCUUCUGCACAAUGCAGCUUCCUCUUCAUUGGGUCUUUCCCGUAGUUUCCCUGGGAUAAUGCCACACAACCUUAGCUCUGUCCGCUCCCCGGCAUACACGCCAGCACUUGGCGACCCUCUGCCACUUCCUCCUCUGCCUGACAAACGUGGCCCUUACGAUCCCAUGCUCGGACCGCCCGUCAACAACCCUAUCUAUACCUGUGCUUACUGUGGUGCCGGUCAUCCAGAUCUGGAUAGUCUGAAAGUCCACUACCUUACCCAUGACCCCCACCCAGGUUCGCAUGGCCAGGAGGGCUCGUCCAUUCUCAACACAGAUGGGCUGGGCGCAGGUUCUCAGCCCUCAGUAUCGUCACCCUCUGGCAGUGGAAGAGUGCAGCAGAAUUCGCCAGACGAUGGCGAACGACGGUUCAAGUGUCACGAAUGUGGGAAGAGUUACCGCCAUGCCGGAAGUUUAGUCAACCACAAGCGGUCCCACCAGACGGGUCAUUAUCAGUGUACCAUCUGUUGCAAGCAGUACCCACACCUGGCAGCUUUGCAUAGCCACCUUCGCAGUCAUAAGGGCAGACCAUCCAACCAGCCCAUCAGCAACGACAGUAGCGACUGGCUCUCUUCAGAACCCUUGACGCUUGAUUCCCAGCAGAGUUAUGCGCAGGAGGGAAGUGGUGCCACCACUCCAAUAUCCCUCCCCGGUAACCUUGGAGACGCGGCGCACUUUGUCCCGGAUGGAGGCCACAGCAGUGGUCUUGAUUCGUUGGAGUUUCAUGACCGAUUUGAUGGUUCCCUGGCUCAAAGCAACUCUGGGCAUCGUCAGGCAGACAGACACAUGUGCGCCGACUGUGGAGAAAUGUAUGGAGACAUCUCCGGCAUCAAGUCCCACAUGUGCCCCCAACGCCGCCAGCAACAGGGGGGAAUGUCCAACGGCUUUAUGGGGAACAUGAACUACCACAGCCCUGGUGGCACUUCCCUCCCUUCUGGGGGAGCUGGGAACCUGAAAGAAGGCAGUGGGCAGCGCCGUGCCCAGGACCAGAUGCAAUACGGAGGGUCUCAAACCCACAGCAACUCCCAGGGAGGCGGUAAGAGGAUGAACGAUAAAGACGAGGAUGACGACGGGGAGGUUUACCAGUGCUCGGUGUGCGGAAACCACUACGCCAGUCUCAGAGCACUGAGGAGCCAUUUACGCAGCCAUGCAAACAAUCCUACAGGAGCAGGGCCAUCCAACCUCUCUCCCAACGAGCAGGAUUGGAGGAUGAUCUGCAGCACCUGCGGCCAGAGCUUUGCCAGGAAGCAGGAUCUGCUGAACCAUCAGCUGGUGCAUGGACCACAAAGACCUGAUGGGCAAGCACAAGGCAUGGGGGGAAACUCAACCAACACCAAUGGCAAAAUGGAUGGUCGCAACCACAUCUGUGUGGACUGCGGCAUGUUCUUUGCCGAUCGCCACCACCUGAUCACCCACCUGUGCCCUGGCAAGAACAGGGGAGGAGCGCUGAGCAAGGAAGGUUUGCACGGGGCGAAAGGGAUGACCGGUGGAGCUGGUGUCAGCGGGGGAGUUGGCGCGGGGGGAAGCCGUGAUACGGGAGACCGCCAGGCCAUGCCUGUUUCUGGAGAGCGACCUCACCGGUGUGACCAGUGUGGAAGAGGCUACAGGCACCCCUGUUCCCUGCUCAACCACAAGAAAUCCCACAAGACUGGAGUCUUUAGGUGCCUUGUUUGCCAGAAACGCUACUACAACCUGCUAGCCCUGAAGAACCACCAGAGAACUCACUUUGACUUGAAAAGGCACAAGUGUGAGGAGUGCGGGAAGGCGUUCAAGAUCCAGAAGCAGCUCAUCAACCACCUUCGCCUCCACGAGGAACACCGAGCCAAGGCGCAGGUCCGCGAUCAGAGGGUCCAGGGCGUAGCCCCCAAUGGAUCCCGCUUCCAGCAGGCCGGGCCCUCUCAGCUCCAGUCCAUGAGAGGAGAGUCUUCCAAAAGCCAGAACCCCACCAUGGGAGGAGGAGUCAAGUACGGCCAGCAGGGAUUCAAGAAACCGUACUCCUCGGCUGGAACCUCCAGGCCUCAGAACAUCGACCCGUCAGAGGGCGGAAGACGCCCGUUUGCCUGUGACGAGUGCGGACGGACCUAUCGGCAUGCUGGCAGUCUGGCCAAUCACAAGAACCUCCACAAGAUCGGAGAGUAUCACUGCAACGUCUGCAACUCGACCUAUCCCAACCGCCUGGCCAUGAAGAACCACCUGCGUCUUCACUUCGCCCUCAAGAAGCACACCUGCCAGGAGUGCGGCAAAGGAUUCCGCACCCAGAAGCAGCUGAGCACCCACACCACCGCGCAGCUCUGCAAGGGCGGCGAAGGAACCAGCACUCAGAUGGACUACGAAUGCGAUGGCUGCUGUGAAGGCUUUACUACUGCAGAAGAGUUGGCGGCCCACGACUGUCCCGCCCACCAGCUUCCCUCCUCCUCCGCCUCCCUCAACAGCUCCAGCCUCAGCCUGGAAGGAGUGGACCUGGGCCCCGACGAGCGGCCCUACAGCUGUGACCUCUGCGGCUGCUCUUACAAACACGCCAGCAGUCUGCUCAACCACAAGCACACCCACAAGACGGGAGACUUCCGCUGCAACUUCUGCGACAAGCCGUACUCCAACUACAUGGCGCUGCGGAAUCACAUGCGCAUCCACACGCAGAAGAAGAGACACAUCUGCCACACCUGCGGGAAAGCUUUCCGGCUGGCCAGAUUCCUCCGCAACCACCAGAAAGUCCACGAGGAGGGUCACACCCGCUUCGGCUGCCCCAGCUGCGGGAAGAGCUUCCAGGGGAGGUCUGGUCUGGCCAGGCACCGCUGCGGGGACAACCAGGUAGGCAAGGAGGGCAGGAGGAAGGCCGCUGCAAUCACGGGAGAAGAGAGCCGGUACACAUGUGAUCAAUGCGGCCGCUCAUACCGUCACGCCAGCUCCCUCCUCAACCACAAGAACACCCACACCGUCGGCAUUUAUCACUGCGCCGUGUGCCUCAAAACCUACUCCAAUCUCCUGGCCCUCAAAAACCACCGGCGCAUCCACUCCGAGACGCGACGUCAUCGCUGCCCCGACUGCGGCAAGGCCUUCCGUGUCUCCUCCCAGCUCCAGAACCACCGCCGGGUUCACCUGAAGCAGCGAGAACUCACCUGUGGACCCUGUCAGCGUAGCUUCCCCACUCAGGCCAGCUUUAGACUCCAUCUGGAGAUCAGUCACGGCCAGGCCCCAGUCCCCAGGACCUCCCACCACACCCAGGCCAGGGCCGGGGGCUCCUCAGAUCUCGGCUGGGGGUCUGGUCUGGACCUUACCCUGAUGCAGGCCCAGGGACUGGACCCCAACGGCCUGCCGAAGCUGAACUCCCCGUCCUCCCAGGGCCGCAGCCGUGGGGUGACGGUGAACAAGUCUCACGUUUGCGACCAGUGCGGCCGCGCCUACCGUCACGCCAGCUCCCUCCUCAACCACAAGAACAGUCACAAGACCGGUGCCUACUUCUGUAACUCCUGCCAGAAGGAGUUCCAUAACCUGAUGGCCCUCAAGAACCACAGACGGAUCCACACCGAACCCAAACGUUAUCAGUGCCCAGACUGUGGCAAGUCCUUCCGUGUGUCCACCCAACUCAUCUGCCAUCGCCGCAUCCACACCAAGGAGAAGCCCUUCUCCUGCCAGCAGUGUGACAAGCGUUUCUCCAGCAAGUCUAACCUCCGCCACCACCAGAAGGUGCACUGGAGCAGCUCAUCAGCGCCCCCUACCAUGACCAUGGGCGCUGCCAGCUUCCUGGCACGAAGAUGAGCUUCAAACCUUAUUAUCCUACAGAUGACAGCCUUGCUCUUACAUGGCUGUUUCUUUGUGACAUCACAUUUGUGUAUUCCUCCCAUAUUUCAAACUGUUUUCUGGGCACCGUGUAUUUUCAACGUCGCGCAAAUAGCUAACGUGUAUAGAGGGUAGGCAGUGGUGACGAAAAAUAAUUAAUUCACGAACAUUUAAAACAAAAAAACAAAAAAGAUUAGCAAAGAAAAUGUAUAUUGUUAGGCCUGUGGCGGAAUUUGUUUUUUUCUCUGUAUCGUAAUCGUACUUCUGACUGUAUUAUUUACAGUACAACUUUUAUAUAAAAAAAACAACAAAAAAACCCAGAUCAUUGUAGUAUGCAUUUAUUUAUAUUAACACUUGUAUUGGAAAAGAAACGCUAGUCUUAGGAUGUGUGAGUUUAGGAGCUGUGUUGUAACUGCCCCCUUCCUGAUACUCUGUCCCGACUCACCCUCAUGUAUGUAUCAUUGACAUGGAGCCAAGCAAGAUGGACUCCAAAGAACACUUGUUACAGUGACUGUAGUCCUCAUUUUAAGUCUCAAUUUGUUAUGCUUUUAAAAAGAUGUUUCUGUCUCUUGUCCAAUAAAACAAGGAACUGUUCUAAUGUGUGUUUUGAUUGCAGUAUGAAGAUUUAAGGAACUAUUACUGAGAUGUUUUUUGCCUUUUACAAGUGAUAUUGUGACCGUCUCCUCAUCGUCAAGACUGGACUCUCCUGUUUCACAAAAAACUCACGUUCAAAGGGAUACUUUUGUGAAAUGUCAGUGCAUUCAGUCAUCAUAAUUUUAAGUUUUUCUUUUUUUUGUUACACCCUUUUAUUGUAACCCUUGUAUUUAUUAGUAUUUUCUUUAUUUAAUUGCGUUUGACUAUUGGAAGCUCUGUGUGUGAACACUUUCUUUGGGGCACAGGUGCUAGUGAGUGAAAUCUACAGUGACAGUGAAGUGAUUUAGGAGUCAUGUGAUUUAACUAGACCACAAGACAAAUGUAUCUUCUAUUUCAACCCUUGCAUUUUCACCUCAAUUGGUUAUUAAUGUCACCUCCAAACUGCAUUUCGGUUAGUCUAGAAAGGUUUGGUUUGAACAAGUAUAACCCUUCAUCUUAAGUUCUAACUCUUUGUUUCCAUGCAUAUAUAUAUAUAUGUAAUGCUUACUAUACACUUUUAUAAACUAUGUUUUGAUAAUUAAUUUCUUAACAAAACCUGUCCAUUAUAACCCCUAAUGCUGAGUACUGAAAAUAAAUAGCUGGAAAAAGAGUGAAUUACGUUGUGAAUCGAUCGUCCUUUAAGCGCCACACACACACACAUAGCUCACCUUUAUAUCCGUUUGUUUGUUUCAUGCGAGUGUUCAGUCAGUCUGGGUCGUGCUGUACUGGGAAAGGAUGAAGGAUGAGGCAGUGUUCAGUCAGUCUGGGUCGUGCUGUACCGGUAAAGGCUGAAGGAUGAGGCAGUGUUCAGUCAGUCUGGGUCGUGCUGUACCGGUAAAGGAUGAAGGAUGAGGCAGUGUUCAGUCAGUCUGGGUCGUGCUGUACCGGUAAAGGCUGAAGGAUGAGGCAGUGUUCAGUCAGUCUGGGUCGUGCUGUACCGGUUAAGGCUGAAGGAUGAGGCAGUGUUCAGUCAGUCUGGGUCGUGCUGUACCGGUAAAGGCUGAAGGAUGAGGCAAAAACAUGUUGGGGGAAGUAUUGACCAGUUCAAGGGCUUUGAAAGGCUUAAGAGGACCAAUGAGAUUGCGUUGAGAUUCAAUAUCAUUUGGGAGAAUGACCAAAUGGGUUGUCGUCCGGCUGUGGAAGAAUGGGUUUUCUUCCGAAUUUAGAGACACUUGGAAUAGUCAACAGUUUUGAGUAUUUUGUUCAAUCCAUUCGCUGGAGAUCACACUGUAAUUCUUUGAUCUAGUGACAGUGCACAGUUUUGGGGUGUUGUGGCCUUUUCACUCGUCUGGGUUUGGAGGUUGUCAUGGAAUAGCUCAGAAACAUUCACUUCUCAAUCUAAACAGACAUCCGAAAGGAGAUUAGGUUGUGCCAUACUUGGAAUCAUAAAAAUAAAUUGGGACGUUUACUCGCAUUUUAGGUCUGGCCGGUAAGCGUUGGUUUAAAGCAGAUAAACACAUUCUUGGUCAAACUUGAGUCUAAAUUCUAACACACCCUCUUUUGUACAAUGGCCUGUGUUCUUCAUGUCAUAUUGUGUUGUAGUCAUGUGCAUUUCACCUUUCAUAUUUGCAUGUAAGCAAUAAAGUUUGUGCUUGACAAAGA